UCAGAUCGGUCAAUGGUGACUAUGUCAUUUUAAUUCAUUGGCCCAACUCCGAAUCCGACUUAUUUACAGCACACAUCCCUGGCAGAGUACAGGAGAAGGCUAUUCUAUAGUAUAAAUGCUGUCUUUAAACGGAUUAGCGUGGGAUGCCAAUCGUGCCCAUGAGAGAGUGAACAGUGCCACUUUGCACACCUUGGACACAGGGUCCAAAAUCACAUCUUCGCUUCGUUCUUGAGAGGAUGGACACAGCUGUUGCCAUGUUGCUUCAGUAGGCUAAACAAAAAACUUGAACAAUCAAUUGGACUUGUAUGGACCACUAAUCCAGGAAAGAAUGUAGGUGUCUGUAUUUUAGCCAGCUACGAUCCAUCAUGUGAAACACCCGGAUGUUGCAUUUCAAGGAUGUUUGUGGUAGGCUAAAUCUCUGAGGUUAUGUGUACUUUAUUAAAUGUAGUAAAAUAAUUUUGAUUGAACGUUUAGGCUAUUAUUCCACUUCUAUUGUGUUGGGUUUAGAACGGAGUUUCAAUGUGGAUAAGAGAAUGCAAAAAGCAGAGGAACAGCCCGAAGGGGCACAAUAUGCCAGCAGCACCAGAGCCCCUCCCCCUGGUGAUACGCCGGCCCUCUGGUCAGAAAACCCCUCCCAGCCCGAGUCCUGCCGCCAGACCGGCACUAUCUCCUGGCAGGCCGAGAUCCAUGCUGCUCGUAACUCCCAGGGCGACGUCUCCCAGAGCAUGAGCGCCCGCAACUCUGUCCCUGGGGCCACGCCUGCACCGGUAGGCUCGUUGUCACAGAGGAAGAGGCAACAGUACGCCAAGAGCAAGAAGCAGGGCGGCUCCACCAACAGCAGGCCGCCCAGGGCCCUGUUCUGCCUCACCCUCAACAAUCCCAUCCGCAGAGCCUGCAUCAGCCUCGUGGAGUGGAAACCCUUUGAUAUCUUUAUACUGCUCUCUAUUUUUGCCAACUGUGUGGCCUUAGCUGUUUACAUCCCCUUCCCUGAGGACGACUCCAACUCCACCAACCACGACCUGGAAACAGUAGAAUAUGCCUUCCUGAUCAUCUUUACGAUAGAGACCUUUCUGAAGAUCAUAGCGUAUGGUUUAGUCAUGCACCAGAACUCCUACGUAAGGAACGGCUGGAACAUGCUAGAUUUUGUCAUUGUCAUAGUAGGGUUAUUCAGUGUAGUUCUGGAGGUGAUAACCAAAGAGGGUGAUGCGGGGGCUCAGGGGGGUAAACCAGGAGGUUUUGACGUCAAGGCCCUCCGAGCGUUCCGUGUACUCCGUCCCCUCCGUCUUGUCUCAGGAGUACCCAGUUUACAGGUAGUGUUGAACGCCAUCAUUAAAGCCAUGGUUCCUCUGCUCCACAUCGCUCUGCUAGUCCUCUUCGUCAUCAUCAUCUAUGCCAUCAUCGGCCUGGAACUCUUCAUCGGCAAGAUGCACGCCACCUGCUACCUGGUGGGCACCGGCAUUCUGGCAGAGGAGGAGCCUGUUCCGUGUGCAAUGUCAGGCCAUGGGCGCCAGUGCAUGAUGAAUGGGACUGUGUGUAGAGAGGGAUGGCAUGGCCCCAACGGUGGCAUCACCAACUUUGACAACUUCCUGUUUGCCAUGCUUACUGUUUUCCAAUGUAUCACCAUGGAGGGCUGGACUGAUGUUCUCUACUGGAUGAAUGAUGCCAUGGGCUUUGAGCUGCCCUGGGUCUACUUCGUCAGUCUGGUCAUCUUCGGCUCCUUCUUCGUUCUCAACCUGGUUCUGGGAGUGUUAAGCGGAGAGUUUUCCAAGGAGAGAGAGAAGGCCAAGGCUCGUGGAGACUUCCAGAAGCUGAGAGAGAAGCAGCAGCUGGAGGAGGAUCUGAAGGGCUACCUGGACUGGAUCACUCAGGCCGAGGACAUCGACCCUGAGAAUGACGAGGAGGGGGACGAGGAGGGGGGCAAACGCAACCCAAGCAAGCCCGCCAGCGAGACAGAGUCUGUGAACACUGACAACCCCAACGGAGAGGACGAUAAGGCUAACUGCUGUGGACCACUCUGUCAAAAAAUUAUAAAAUCAAAGUACAGUCGGCGAUGGCGUCGCUGGAACCGGUUCUGCCGCAGGAAGUGUCGUGUUGCCGUGAAGUCGGUGUCUUUCUAUUGGCUGGUGAUCAUCCUGGUGUUUCUCAACACGCUCACCAUCUCCUCAGAGCACUACAACCAGCCUAACUGGCUCACGGACGUCCAGGAUGUGGCCAACAAGGUUCUGCUGGCUCUGUUUACGUGUGAGAUGCUGGUGAAGAUGUAUAGUCUGGGCCUGCAGGCCUACUUCGUGUCUCUGUUCAAUCGCUUCGACUGCUUCGUGGUGUGUGGCGGCAUCGUGGAGACCAUCCUGGUGGAGCUGGCCAUCAUGUCUCCCCUGGGCAUCUCUGUGUUUCGUUGUGUCCGCCUGCUACGCAUCUUCAAGGUCACACGCCACUGGGCAUCUCUCAGUAACCUGGUGGCAUCGCUGCUCAACUCCAUGAAGUCCAUCGCCUCCCUCCUGCUCCUGCUCUUCCUCUUCAUCAUCAUCUUCUCUCUGUUGGGCAUGCAGCUCUUCGGAGGCAAGUUCAACUUCGACGAGACGAUAACUAAGAGGAGCACCUUCGACAACUUCCCCCAGGCACUACUCACAGUGUUUCAGAUCCUGACAGGCGAGGAUUGGAAUGCUGUGAUGUAUGACGGCAUCAUGGCGUACGGUGGACCCUUCUCCUCAGGCAUGGUCGUCUGCAUCUACUUCAUAAUCCUCUUUGUCUGUGGAAACUACAUCCUGCUGAACGUCUUCUUGGCCAUCGCCGUUGACAACCUGGCAGAUGCAGAGAGCCUGAACACAGCCCAGAAGGAGGAAGAGGAGGAGAAGGAGAGGAAGAAGAGUGCCAGAGAUGACACUGAUAAGAUGGAGGAACUGAAACCUGAGGGCCAGGAUGGGGAUCUCAAGGUUCCACUGGAGGAGGAAGACGAGAAGGAGCCGUAUCCCACUCCAGACACUCCAGUUGGUGAUGAUGACAAUGAUGAUGAUAAUCUGCCAGAGGUUCCGGUUGGGCCACGCCCUCAAAGGCUGUCAGACCUCAGCAUCAAGGAGAAGACUCCGCCCAUCCCUGAGGGCAGUGCUUUCUUCAUCUUCAGCAACACUAACCCGGUCCGAGUGGCCUGCCACAAGCUGAUCAAUCACCACAUCUUCACCAACCUCAUCCUGGUGUUCAUCAUGCUGAGCUCUGUGUCUCUGGCUGCUGAGGACCCCAUACGCAACUUCUCCGCACGCAACAUCAUACUUGGUUAUUUUGACUAUGCUUUCACGGCAAUCUUUACUGUUGAGAUCCUAUUGAAGAUGACAGCUUUUGGGGCUUUCCUCCAUAAAGGAGCCUUCUGCAGGAACUACUUCAACCUGCUGGACCUACUGGUGGUUGGAGUCUCUCUGGUGUCCUUUGGCAUUCAGUCAUCUGCCAUCUCUGUGGUCAAGAUCUUGCGUGUGUUGAGGGUGUUGCGGCCCCUGAGGGCCAUCAACAGAGCCAAGGGCCUCAAGCAUGUGGUCCAGUGUGUAUUUGUGGCCAUCAGGACCAUUGGCAACAUCAUGAUCGUCACCACGCUGUUACAGUUCAUGUUCGCCUGCAUAGGAGUGCAGCUAUUCAAGGGCAAGUUCUAUCGCUGCACAGACGAGGCCAAGUCCAGCCCAGAGGAAUGCAAAGGCACAUACAUCCUGUAUAAGGAUGGAGACACAGCCUUGCCUGCAGUUAGGGAGAGGAUCUGGUACAACAGUGACUUCAACUUUGACAACGUCCUCAUGGCCAUGAUGGCUCUGUUCACCGUCUCUACAUUUGAAGGCUGGCCUGCUCUGCUCUACAAGGCCAUCGACUCCAACAGAGAGAAUAUGGGUCCCAUCUACAACUACCGCGUGGAGAUCUCCAUCUUCUUCAUCAUCUACAUCAUCAUCAUCGCCUUCUUCAUGAUGAACAUCUUUGUCGGUUUCGUCAUCGUCACUUUCCAGGAGCAGGGAGAGAAAGAGUACAAGAACUGUGAGCUGGACAAGAACCAGCGUCAGUGUGUGGAGUAUGCUCUGAAGGCUCAUCCACUGAGAAGGUACAUCCCUAAGAACCCCUACCAGUAUAAGUUCUGGUAUGUGGUCAACUCCACAGGCUUUGAGUACGUCAUGUUCGUCCUCAUCAUCCUCAACACACUGUGUCUGGCCAUCCAGCACUAUGGCCAGUCUCACCUGUUCAACUAUGCCAUGGACAUCCUCAACAUGGUCUUCACUGGCGUCUUCACUGUGGAGAUGAUCUUUAAACUCAUCGCCUUCAAACCCAGGCACUAUUUCGCCGAUGCAUGGAACACAUUUGAUGCCUUAAUUGUUGUUGGUAGCGUCGUUGACAUUGCAAUCACAGAGAUCAAUAACACUGAGGACAGUGCUCGCAUCUCCAUCACAUUCUUCCGUUUGUUUCGAGUCAUGCGAUUGGUCAAGCUGCUCAGCAGAGGGGAGGGCAUCCGAACGCUCCUGUGGACCUUCAUUAAGUCCUUCCAGGCUCUUCCCUAUGUUGCCCUUCUGAUAGCCAUGUUAUUCUUCAUCUAUGCUGUUAUUGGAAUGCAGGUGUUUGGAAAGAUUGCCUUGGUAGACCACACACAGAUUAACCGAAACAACAACUUCCAGACCUUUCCUCAAGCUGUCCUGAUGCUCUUCAGGUGUGCUACAGGUGAGGCGUGGCAGGAGAUCAUGCUGGCAUGUCUGCCAGGGAAGCUGUGUGACUCGGAGUCAGACUACAACCCUGGAGAGGAGAAAACCUGUGGCAGCGGAUUCGCCAUUAUCUACUUCAUCAGCUUCUACAUGCUCUGCGCCUUCCUGAUCAUCAACUUGUUUGUUGCUGUCAUCAUGGAUAACUUUGACUAUCUGACGCGUGAUUGGUCCAUUCUGGGCCCUCACCACCUGGAUGAGUUUAAAAGGAUCUGGUCUGAAUACGACCCUGAGGCCAAGGGCAGGAUAAAGCAUCUGGAUGUGGUGACCUUGCUGAGACGCAUCCAGCCUCCUCUAGGCUUCGGCAAGCUGUGUCCACACAGAGUGGCCUGCAAGAGACUGGUUGCAAUGAACAUGCCCCUGAACAGUGAUGGCACGGUCAUGUUCAAUGCCACUCUGUUUGCCUUGGUGAGGACUGCUCUGAAGAUCAAAACUGAAGGCAACUUGGAACAGGCCAAUGAGGAGUUGCGAGCGGUCAUCAAGAAGAUCUGGAAGAGGACCAGCAUGAAGCUGUUGGACCAAGUGGUGCCCCCUGCAGGCGAUGACGAGGUAACCGUGGGGAAGUUUUAUGCCACCUUCCUGAUACAGGACUACUUCAGGAAAUUCAAGAAACGCAAAGAGCAAGGCCUGGUGGGAAGACACUCAUUCUCCAGCCUGAACUCCACCAUCGCCCUCCAGGCUGGCCUCCGCACACUGCAUGAUAUUGGGCCCGAAAUUCGCCGAGUCAUAUCAUGUGACCUACAAGACGAGGGCCUUGUAGACAUGAAUGCAGAAGAAGAUGAUGAGGUGUCUAGGAGGAACGGCGUGCUGUUCGCCAACCACACCAAUCACAUUAACGGGGACCACCGGGGUUCUGUCACCCAGCGGCCCCUCCAGGUCCCGCCUCCUUCCUGCCACGCAUUCGUGGAGCCCUCUCAGGUCGGCCCUGAGGAAGGGGCUGGUGACCCCCACCCCUACAACCACUACUACCCCAAAUCCCCCAUGUCCUCCAACGCCAACCUCAACAACGCCAACAUCCCCACUGUGCCCUCCCUGACCAAAGGGGGGCAGCGGUGCUGCCUCCGCCGCGAGCACUCGUCCGCUAAUGGGACACCCUCCUCCAGCUCACACCGCAAGAGUGUUGACUUUGACACCCUCACCACGGUCCAGUCGGCAAGGAGGCUCUACUAUGACACCUACAUUAGGUCAGAAUCAGGGGGUGUUCUGUACCCAACCAUCCGUAGAGAGAAGCCAGGGGGAGCAGACAGUGAUGAUGACAAGGGCUCAGGAGAAUACUUCAGUGGCGAGGAGUACCAGGAGGAUGACAUCAUGUUGCACAAUGACAGGAUGCCCCAUAAGGAGUUUCAAGACCUUCAAACUGACUUGGACACAAAUGCAUCGAGGGGUUACCAUCAACUGGAUAUUCUCUUUGACGACGACCAACAACCCAUUUACCAAGAUGGUGGGCGGUCGCCAAAGCGACGGUUGUUCCCCUCUACACCUCAGGCGCCCCACAGACCCUCCUUCAACUUUGAGUGUCUGCGGAGACAUAGCAGUCAGGAUGAUGACAUCCCCUUGACCCCUUCCGUUCCCCAUCGAACAGCUCUACCCCUGCAUCUGAUGCAGCAACAGGUGAUGGCAGUGGCUGGCUUGGACUCCAGCAGAGUCCAGCGUCUCUCUCCAUCACGCUCUCUACGUUCCUGGGCCACGCCCCCCACCUCCCCCAUCAGCAGGGACCACUCCCCCUACUACACCCCCCUCAUCCAGGUGGACUGGCGUGGUCCGGGCAGUGUGAGCAGCACCCCUGGCUCUGUGAGAAGAAGCUCCUGGUACACUGAUGCCCCGGAAGCCCCUUUGAGCCUCACCUACUCCCCCUCACAGCUCCAGAUCCCCCCAGAGUACCGCAGGCAGUACCACCAGAAGAUAGGCAGUGCCAACAGCCUAGUGGAGGCAGUGCUGAUUUCAGAAGGACUGGGGAAAUACGCCAAGGACCCCAAAUUUGUGGCGGCGACGAAGCAUGAGAUCGCGGACGCCUGCGAAAUGACCAUCGACGAGAUGGAGAGUGCUGCCAGCAACCUGCUGAAUGGCAGUAUGGGUAAUGGAGCGGGGGCAACGGGGGCCACGGAUAAAGUGACGGCCACGAGCCUCAGGGACCGUAAUCUCCAUGACUACAGUGAUGAGGAGCCGGACAUGAGUGUGAAAUGUGAAGAGGAUCUGACUGAUGAGAUGAUAUGCAUCAGCACCCUAUAGCAGUCAGUCACAUAGGCAGCCUGACAUGGCACCCUAUAGCAGUCAGUCACAUAGGCAGCCUGACAUGGCACCCUAUAGCAGUCAGUCACAUAGGCAGCCUGACAUGGCACCCUAUAGCAGUCAGUCACAUAGGCAGCCUGACAUGGCACCCUAUAGCAGUCAGUCACAUAGGCAGCCUGACAUGGCACCCUAUACCGUAUGAAGUGCACUUGUGCACUAUAUAGGGAGAGAUGUGCCUUUUGGAGUGCCUUUCUUUCUGUGGAAGGAAUAGAUGGAUGGAAACACUGCCCGCUGGAGAGGAGUGGAGGGAUGGCGGGACACGCUAAGGAUCCAACUACAGAGGAGUGGAGUUAUGGAGGGACACGCUAAGGAUCCAACUACAGAGGAGUGGAGGGAUGGAGGGACACGCUAAGGAUCAAACUACAGAGGAGUGGAGGGAUGGAGGGACACGCUAAGGAUCCAACUACAGAAUGGAGAGAUGGAGGGACACGCUAAGGAUCCAACUACAGAGGAGUGGAGUUAUGGAGGGACAUGCUAAGGAUCCAACUACAGAGGAGUGGAGGGAUGGAGGGACAUGCUAAGGAUCCAACUACAGAGGAGUGGAGGGAUGGAGGGACACGCUAAGGAUCCAACUACAGAGGAGUGGAGGGAUGGAGGGACACGCUAAGGAUCCAACUACAGAGGAGUGGAGGGAUGGAGGGACACGCUAAGGAUCCAACUACAGAGGAGUGGAGUUAUGGAGGGACACGCUAAGGAUCCAACUACAGAGGAGUGGAGGGAUGGAGGGACACGCUAAGGAUCCAACUACAGAGGAGUGGAGGGAUGGAGGGACACGCUAAGGAUCCAACUACAGAAUGGAGAGAUGGAGGGACACGCUAAGGAUCCAACUACAGAGGAGUGGAGUUAUGGAGGGACAUGCUAAGGAUCCAACUACAGAGGAGUGGAGGGAUGGAGGGACAUGCUAAGGAUCCAACUACAGAGGAGUGGAGGGAUGGAGGGACACGCUAAGGAUCCAACUACAGAGGAGUGGAGGGAUGGAGGGACACGCUAAGGAUCCAACUACAGAGGAGUGGAGGGAUGGAGGGACACGCUAAGGAUCCAACUACAGAGGAGUGGAGUUAUGGAGAGACACGCUAAGGAUCCAACUACAGAGGAGUGGAGUUAUGGAGGGACACGCUAAGGAUCCAACUACAGAGGAGUGGAGUUAUGGAGGGACACGCUAAGGAUCCAACUACAGAGGAGUGGAGGGAUACGCUAAGGAUCCAACUACAGAAUGGAGAGAUGGACGGACACGCUAAGGAUCCAACUACAGAAUGGAGAGAUGGACGGACACGCUAAGGAUCCAACUACAGAAUGGAGUUAUGGAGGGACAUGCUAAGGAUCCAACUACAGAAUGGAGUUAUGGAGGGACAUGCUAAGGAUCCAACUACAGAGGAGUGGAGUUAUGGAGGGACAUGCUAAGGAUCCAACUACAGAGGAAUGGAGUUAUGGAGGGACACGCUAAGGAUCCAACUACAGAGGAGUGGAGUUAUGGAGGGACACGCUAAGGAUCCAACGACAGAGGAGUGGAGUUAUGGAGGGACAUGCUAAAGAUCCAACUACAGAGGAGUGGAGUUAUGGAGGGACACGCUAAGGAUCCAACUACAGAGGAGUGGAGUUAUGGAGGGACACGCUAAGGAUCCAACUACAGAGGAGUUUCACCCCUUUCUUUCUCUCUGUCUGGCAACACCCAGUGAAACAGAGAGUGAGAUAUAGGUAGGGGUUGUCCCUUAGGGGAUGCAGUAAUGCUAGGUUUGCAGUGCACUCAGGAUGAGUAGGAUUAGUGUCACCGCCUCAAUGACUUCAUACAGAAAUCACAUAUCAGUGACAUCACGUUCCAAUCCUCAGGCAUAUCCCCCCCUGCCUCCCAUUUGCCUUACCCUCUGCACAGAGAUACUGAGAAUAGUGAGUCAUAGGUGUAGUGGCCAUUUUACAGACCGCUUUUUGAAACUGUGAACAACCAACAUACAAGAAAACAGUGUAUUCUAAUAUCACACACUCAUUCCUGCCCAAGUAAUCAGGGAUGACAGGGUUCCGAUCGAUAGACACAUGUACAGGUACAGACACUAGAAACCAUGUUGUUUUAGUGGAAGGAAAAAGCUAUUAAGUUGUAGAUAUUUUUUAAACCCUGUAAGAAAAAUAAACUAUAGAAAAGUGAUGCUUUAUAUUUGGUUAAUUAUGAAUCGUUACAGGUAUAGCAAUAUCGUCCCCAUGCCUAUGUUUUAUUUGUGAAUUAAUAUGAAAUUAUAUUUUAUAAUCUUGUCGCCUUUUUUCCGCUAGAAUGCAUUAUGUUUAAGCAUAGUAGUUUAAGGAGGAUAAUGUUGAUUUAGAAUGACUAUGAUGUCAAAAAGAGCUGCUUUCACUGAAGUAUAUGUACAGUAUGGCUCUACAGAAGGAGGGUUUGCCAUUUACCAUCUUAGCUCACUGCCAACAGAGAUAAAUAGUUUCAGGUUACAUUGAGGACAACUGUUUUUCAUUGUGUAUUGUACAGCACUAGAGCAGUUUAACUGUUUACUGUGUUUCUUCUUCAACUGGGUACUGUCAUGGAAAUGUGUUCAUGUCCUGUCAACCUUUACAGUAUGUGCAAUGAAAGGGCUCUUUCAAAAAAAUACCAAAAGGGAAAAUCUAUGCUUUGAAGACACAUAGCUGUGGCCAAUAAAGCUGUAUGACUAAUAUGCAUUUUCCAAACGUGUAAAGUCAAGUUCAACAUAAACCCAUGUCAUGUCAGGGAUCUUUGUGAAAUGGCGUCAGGAAAUGUAAAUUCCUUAACAAUGGAAUAUAGUGUUUACAACGACUAGGGUUUCCUCAGCAUAACUCCCAUCUUUCUCUUGACACAGAACAACGCUCUCAGUUCAACACUGAAACAUGGCAUAGUGAUGGCCACUCAGUGGGGUUUUAUCUAGAAGGGAUAAUACAGCUUUGGUCAAAAUGUACUUUUCACAUAGCAGGUUAGGAGAAAUAGGUUAAGGUUAGGAAAAGCGUUAAGGUUAGCUAAAAAUAAUUUUAAAAAUAACUUUGACAUCAAUUUGACAAAAGUUGUAUCCCAUCUAGAAAUGACCACUCAGUGAGUGUUUAGGCUCAGUGGGGUUCAAAUCCUGACACAACGGUAUGCAUGCAUGCCUUCCAGGACCGGUAAUGAUACCUACUGCACCAGAGGUUAUAUCAUUGGCUCAAAAUGUCUUUGAGAUGGUGAGACCGUACUUUUCCUGGGGCUAUGUACAGUUGAAGUCAGAAGUUUACAUACACUUAGGUUGAAGACCUCGUUUUUCAACCACUCCACAAAUUUCUUGUUAACAAACUAUAGUUUUGACAAGUCGGUUAGGACAUCUACUUUGUGCAUGACACAAGUCAUUUUUCCAAAACUUGUUUACAGACAGAUUAUUUCACUUAUAAUUCACUGUAUCACAAUUCCAGUGGUU